GUACUCUAGAAUACCGCGAUAGUAUACCGCGAUCUCACGCAUGCGUAUACGUAUUGUUGAUGACACUAGUUUCGUUAGCCGUAAAUUGGUAGAUUUUCUCCCCGUAACCUUUAAUUUACUGCCCGAUUAAAGUCAGUAAAUCAGUCUACUGGUGCUAACCCUUUGUUAUACCACCAUGCUGCAGUUCCUGGCUGGCUUCACCUUGGGGAAUGUUGUUGGGAUGUACUUGGCUCAAAACUAUGAUGUUCCCAACAUAGCCAAGAAAAUUGAAGGCUUUAAGAAAGACGUGGAGGCCAAGAAGAAGCCCCCAGAGUGAAAAAAAAAACGGGACCAUGUCACAAUCAAGAACGGAUGUGCUCUGGAGAGAAACUAUUUAUUUUGCAGGGUUGUGCUACAAUGUGUACAUUUUGAGAAAAGGAUUGAUUAUGUAAAAUAUAUACGAGAAUAUUAACAGUGCCUGGAACCACAUUUGUUUACCCCUUUAGUUUUAUAGGCAUGUUCUCAUUGUAGCCUAUUUUUAUAAGAUAAAUUGUGCAAAGACUGGAUUUAAAGAAUAUUACAGCUGACUAAUGGGAUCACUUUAAGUCCAGUAUUAUGGCACUGUGGGCUGGCCUUUUCUAGGAUGCACUGUGGUGUUUUAACCUACACAAUGUUCUUCAGCUUUACAUAAGGUGUAUAGGAUGUUCUCUGCAGUUAAUAUUAAUAGAGCAAUUGCUUUCCUCUGUUGUAUUCCACAAUGUUUAAAGAAUUCCUUCACAAGCUUUCAGCAUAUCAAUAACAACUGCCAAAGUUUUUAUGACAGUCCAGUCAGCUUAUAAUAAAAUUGCUGUUUAAAAAUUAAAA